AUGGGUGAGCGUAAGCAACUGAUUGUUUGGAAAUGCUUGAUGAAAAACAGGAUGUGGGGCAGGAGGCUGGCCUCUCUGCUCCAGGUGCCGUGCCAGCUGAGUGGAAGCAGUAGACAUCGCUCGCCAUGGCUGCCCCGUGACAGGAGGACCGUCCUCGCUGCGGCGGCUCGCUGGCAUCACACGGCCCCGGAGUCCCUGAAGUGCGCCUGGCAGCUACACGGUGACCAUCUAGAGCUCAGGUACGCAAACACGCUGAUGCGAUUCGAUUUUGUCUGGCUGCGGGACCACUGCCGCUCGGCUUCCUGCUACAACACCAAGACGAACCAGCGCAGCUUGGACACGGCUAGCGUGGACCUGGGAAUCAAACCCAAGGCUGUCCGAGCUGUCUGAGUGGAUGAGACCACGUUCUUCCUCACGUGGCCCGACGGGCACGUGACGCGGUAUGGGCUGGAGUGGCUGGUGAAGAACAGCUACGAGGGGCAGAAGCAGCAGGUCAUGCACCCGCGGAUUCUCUGGAACGCAGAAAUCUACCGCCAAGCCCAGGUCCCAUCCGUCGACUGCCGGAGUUUCCUGGAGACAGACGAGGGGCUGAAGGAGUUCCUGCAAAACUUCUUGUUAUAUGGGAUUGCUUUUGUAGAGAACGUCACUCCCACCAAAGAGGACACGGAAAUCUUAGCGGAAAGGAUCAGCUUAAUCAGGGAGACCAUUUACGGUAGAAUGUGGUACUUUACCUCCGACUUCUCGCGGGGAGACACCGCCUACACCAAGCUGGCUCUGGAUCGUCACACCGACACAACCUACUUCCAGGAGCCCUGCGGCAUCCAAGUGUUUCACUGCCUGAAGCACGAGGGCACGGGCGGGCGGACGCUGCUGGUGGAUGGUUUCUACGCAGCAGAGCAGGUUCUCCAGCAAGCCCCCGAUCAAUUCGAGCUGCUCAGCAAGGUGCCCUUGAAGCACGAGUACGUUGAGAACGUGGGAGACUGUCACAACCACAUGAUCGGAGUUGGGCCGGUCCUCAAUGUCUAUCCCUGGAACAACGAGCUUUAUCUGAUCAGGUACAACAAUUACGAUCGUGCUGUCAUCAACACUGUGCCUUACGAUGUUGUGCAUCGCUGGUACGCUGCUCACCGCACACUCACCACAGAGCUCAGGAGACCAGAAAAUGAACUGUGGGUCAAACUGAAGCCGGGCAAGGCACUGUUCAUAGAUAACUGGCGCGUCCUGCACGGACGGGAAGCGUUCACGGGGUACCGCCAGCUCUGUGGCUGCUACCUGACGAGAGAUGACGUGCUGAACACCGCGCGCUUACUGGGACUGCAAGCUUAGCCCAGGCCCCUCCGGAG